AUGCGUCCGUCCACCGCCGCCGCCGCCCAGCGGCCCGCGGCGGCGAGGGGCCCCGAGCCGUGCCGCCCGGCGGGCUGGGCCGCGCGGCGCUCGCUCCCGCGGUCGGCGCGGCGCGGCGGGCGGGGCGGCGCGGUGGCGUAUCCCUCCGCCGGCCCUCCCCCGCGCGGCCCCGGCGCCCCUCCCCGCGGGCCGCGCUCGCCGCCCUGCGCCUCAGACUGUUUUGGUAGCAACGGCCACGGCGCGUCCCAGCCCGGCUCCCGGCGGCUGCUCGGUGUCUGCGGGCCUCCCCGCCCCUUCGUCGUCGUCCUGCUGCCUCUGGCCCCCGCGGCCGCGCCGGCCCGCGCCUGCCCGCUCGGCGUCCGCGCGUCCCCGCCGCGCUCCGCCGUCUCCUCCUCGGCGCGCCCGGCUCCCGGCUGUCCCCGCCCGGCGUGCGAGCCGGUGUAUGGGCCGCUCACCAUGUCGCUGAAGCCGCAGCCGCAGCCGCCCGCGUCCGCCAGUGGCCGCAAGCCCGGCGGCGGCCUGCUCUCGUCGCCCGGCGCCGCGCCGGCCUCGGCCGCGGCGACCUCGGCUUCCGCGGUGCCGGCCCCGGCCGCGCCGGUGGCGUCUCCCUCGGUGGCCGCGGGCGGCGGGCGUCCCGUCCUGGGCAGAGGUCGGAACAGUAGCAAAGGCCUGCCUCAGCCGACGAUUUCUUUUGAUGGAAUCUAUGCAAACGUGAGGAUGGUUCAUAUACUUACGUCAGUUGUUGGAUCGAAAUGUGAAGUACAAGUGAAAAACGGAGGCAUAUAUGAAGGAGUUUUUAAAACAUACAGUCCUAAGUGUGACUUGGUACUUGAUGCUGCACAUGAGAAAAGUACAGAAUCCAGUUCGGGGCCAAAACGUGAAGAAAUAAUGGAGAGUGUUUUGUUCAAAUGCUCAGACUUCGUUGUGGUACAGUUUAAAGAUACAGACUCCAGUUAUGCACGGCGAGAUGCUUUUACUGACUCUGCUCUCAGCGCAAAGGUGAACGGUGAGCACAAGGAGAAGGACCUGGAGCCCUGGGAUGCAGGGGAGCUCACAGCCAGCGAGGAGCUGGAGGCUCUGGAGAAUGACGUGUCUAAUGGAUGGGACCCCAAUGAUAUGUUUCGAUAUAAUGAGGAGAAUUAUGGUGUGGUGUCCACAUAUGAUAGCAGUUUAUCUUCAUAUACGAGAGGAUCUCUCACUUCCAGGGACAAUAAAUAUAUUCCUCCUGGACAAAGAAACAGAGAAGUCAUAUCCUGGGGAAGUGGGAGACAGAGCUCACCACGGAUGGGCCAGCCUGGACCAGGCUCUACGCCGUCAAGAGCUGCUUCUCACGCUUCAGAUUUCAACCCUAACACUGGCUCAGACCAAAGAGUAGUUAAUGGAGGUGUUCCCUGGCCAUCGCCUUGCCCAUCUCCUUCCUCUCGCCCACCUUCUCGCUACCAGUCAGGUCCCAACUCUCUUCCACCUCGGGCAGCCACCCCUACACGGCCGCCCUCCAGGCCCCCCUCGAGGCCCUCCAGACCCCCGUCUCACCCCUCUGCUCAUGGUUCUCCAGCUCCUGUCUCUACUAUGCCUAAACGCAUGUCUUCAGAAGGCCCCCCGAGGAUGUCUCCAAAGGCACAGCGCCACCCUCGGAAUCACAGAGUCUCCGCUGGGAGAGGCUCCAUGUCUAGUGGCCUAGAAUUUGUAUCCCACAAUCCCCCAAGUGAAGCAGCUGCUCCUCCAGUGGCAAGGACCAGUCCUGCAGGGGGAACGUGGUCCUCAGUGGUCAGUGGGGUUCCAAGGUUAUCUCCCAAAACUCACAGACCCAGGUCUCCCAGGCAGAGCAGCAUUGGAAACUCUCCCAGCGGGCCUGUGCUUGCUUCUCCCCAAGCUGGCAUCAUCCCUGCUGAAGCCGUUUCCAUGCCUGUUCCCGCUGCAUCCCCGACUCCUGCCAGCCCUGCGUCCAACAGAGCACUGACCCCAUCUGUUGAGGCAAAAGAUUCCAGGCUUCAAGAUCAGAGGCAGAACUCUCCUGCAGGGAAUAAAGAAAAUAUUAAAGCAAGUGAAACAUCACCUAGCUUUUCAAAAGCUGAAAACAAAGGUGUGUCACCAGGUGUUUCUGAACACAGAAAACAGAUUGAUGACUUAAAGAAGUUUAAGAAUGAUUUUAGGUUACAGCCAAGCUCUACAGCUGAAUCUAUGGAUCAACUACUAAGCAAAAAUAGAGAAGGAGAAAAGUCACGAGAUUUGAUCAAAGAUAAAACGGAAGCAAAUGCUAAGGAUGGUUUCAUUGACAGCAGCAGCAGCAGCAGCAACUGCACCAGUGGCAGCAGCAAGGCCAACAGCCCUAGCAUCUCCCCUUCCAUGCUUAGUAAUGCAGAGCACAAGAGGGGACCUGAGGUCACGUCCCAAGGGGUGCAGACUUCCAGUCCAGCCUGCAAACAAGAGAAGGAUGACAGAGAAGAGAAGAAAGACCCAACUGAGCAAGUUAGGAAGUCGACAUUGAAUCCCAAUGCAAAGGAGUUCAACCCUCGUUCUUUCUCUCAGCCAAAGCCUUCUACUACCCCAACAUCGCCUCGGCCUCAAGCCCAGCCCAGCCCAUCCAUGGUGGGCCAUCAGCAGCCAGCUCCCGUGUACACUCAGCCUGUGUGCUUCGCACCCAAUAUGAUGUAUCCCGUCCCAGUGAGCCCGGGCGUGCAACCUUUAUAUCCAAUACCUAUGACGCCCAUGCCUGUGAACCAAGCCAAGACAUAUAGAGCAGGUAAAGUACCAAAUAUGCCCCAACAGCGACAAGACCAGCAUCAUCAAAGCACCAUGAUGCACCCUGCCUCCGCGGCAGGGCCACCCAUCGUAGCCACCCCGCCCGCUUACUCCACUCAGUACGUUGCCUACAGCCCUCAGCAGUUUCCCAAUCAGCCUUUGGUCCAGCAUGUGCCACAUUAUCAGUCUCAGCAUCCUCAUGUGUACAGUCCUGUCAUACAAGGUAACGCCAGGAUGAUAGCUCCGCCAGCACAUGCUCAGCCUGCUUUAGUGUCUUCUUCCGCUGCUCAGUUCGGGGCUCAUGAGCAGACGCACGCCAUGUAUGCAUGUCCCAAAUUACCAUACAACAAGGAGACAAGCCCUUCUUUCUACUUUGCCAUUUCCACCGGCUCCCUCGCUCAGCAGUAUGCACAUCCUAAUGCCACCCUGCAUCCACAUACUCCCCAUCCUCAGCCUUCGGCCACUCCCACCGGACAGCAGCAAAGCCAGCAUGGUGGAAGUCAUCCUGCACCCAGUCCUGUUCAGCACCAUCAGCACCAGGCCGCCCAGGCUCUUCAUCUGGCCAGUCCACAGCAGCAGUCAGCCAUUUAUCAUGCGGGGCUGGCACCAACACCACCCUCCAUGACACCUGCCUCUAAUACACAGUCUCCACAGAGCAGUUUCCCCGCAGCACAGCAGACAGUCUUCACCAUCCACCCUUCUCAUGUUCAGCCGGCGUACACCACCCCACCCCACAUGGCCCACGGACCUCAGGCUCAUGUACAGUCAGGAAUGGUUCCUUCUCAUCCAACUGCCCAUGCGCCAAUGAUGCUAAUGACGACACAGCCACCCGGCGGUCCCCAGGCCGCACUACAGCCCAUUCCAGUCUCGACAACAACGCAUUUCCCUUAUAUGACGCACCCUUCAGUACAAGCCCACCACCAACAGCAGUUGUAAGGCUGCCCUGGAGGAACCGAAAGGCCAAAUCCCCUCCUCCCUUCUCCUGCUUCUGCCAACCGGAAGCACAGAAAACUAGAACUUCAUUGAUUUUGUUUUGUAAAAGAUACACUGAUUUAACAUCCGAUAGGAAUGCUAACAGCUCACUUGCAGUGGAGGAUGUUUUGGACCGAGUAGAGGCAUGUAGGGACUUGUGGCUGUUCCAUAAUUCCAUGUGCUGUUGCAGGGUCCUGCAAGUACCCAGCUCUGCUUGCUGAAACUGGAAGUUAUUUAUUUUUUAAUGGCCCUUGAGAGUCAUGAACACAUCAGCUAGCAACAGAAGUAACAAGAGUGAUUCUUGCUGCUAUUACCGCUUUAAAAAAAAAAAAAAUCAAGACUUGGAACGCCCUUUUACUAAACUUGACAGUUCA